CUGUGCAAAAUAAUAUCAAAUAUCAAUCUAUGGUGCGAUGGUAUCGAUUAUUUUCGUUUGUACGACGACGUUAUCGAUUAUUACACGAGCCUGUUAAAUCAAUUUUGUAUUUUUAAUAAUUAGUGCAUGUUUCAUAUUUUUCCUCUUUUCAUUCUUUUUCUUCAAGAGGAUCAAUUUUGUCAAAUAUAAUUUCUAAGAUGUCCGCCAAUAACGUUGGAAAUGGGAAUCAUAUAACACCGAUAGUAUCGAACACGAUCGAUGAUAAAACUCGCGAUGUAGAGAGGGGCAAGGUCCAUAAUAGAAGAGUAGGGGAAUCAUUGAACCGAUCCCAGGCAACGUCGAUGACAGCAGCAACUACAUCAGUGCAUUCAGUCCAGAAUACAAACCAGGUGAUAGUCAAUCUAGGAGAGGAAAAAGAAGAAGAAAAACAAGGAGACUUGGUAGACGUUGUUACGUUACCUAGUAAUACGCAGGAUACUACAGAAGACACACGUGGCGGAUGUAGAACUGCAACAGCAUCAACAACAAACCGUUGCCAAAGAAUCGGCCGUUUUAUUCGACAACUAAUGCUAAUCAUGUUGUUAAUAACGUUUAUCGCAGCUUCAUUGGCCUUCUUGACCCUUUAUAUCGGCCACAUGUUUCUUCUUCAACUUUUAGUCGUUGUGAUUGUUGCUUACUUCGUUGCCGGAGGUCGUCUAAAAUGGUUCUAUGUUGCCUUACGUACAUUACCUCGUGAUCUUAAAGCAUUCCAGGUAUACAUUAAACUUCUUUGGUUGUUUCGUGGCUAUGAGAAAAACAAUAAAAGUGUUGCCGAUUUAUUUCGGGAACAAGUUACACGGCAUCCGAAUAAAGCGUGCAUUAUAUUCGAAGAUCAAGAAUGGACGUUCCAGCAACUCGAAGACUUUAGUAACAAAGUUGCAACGACCUUUAAAAAUCAUGGUUAUCGGAAAGGAGAUGUGGUGGCAUUGAUGAUGGAAAAUCGGCCUGAUUUUGUUGGGAUUUGGCUUGGUUUGAGUAAAAUAGGCGUAAUAACGUCAUUGAUUAAUAUUAAUCUUAAAAAGUUAUCUCUCUUGCAUAGCAUCGAUAUCGCCAGUUGUCAAGCAUUGAUUUACAGUUGUGAAUUUACAGAAGUCGUCGCGGAUAUUGCUACAUCGCUCAAUGCAAAUAUGGCACUUUAUAAAUAUGGAAAUGAAACAACAGUCGAAUCUACGCAUUUAAAGGCAAAAAAUUUGACGAAUAUUCUAUCGGAAGUUUCGACCUUACCGCCAGUACCGCAAGACAAAAUAUCUUAUCACGAUAAUUUAUUAUAUAUCUAUACCAGUGGAACGACUGGUCUUCCUAAAGCUGCUUUUAUAACUAAUUCAAGAUUUAUAUUCAUCACCGGAAUUAAUAUCAUAGCUAAGAUAAAACCAUCUGACAUAUUGUAUACGCCGUUACCUUUAUAUCAUACCGCAGGUGGUAUCAUGUCAAUAGGUCAAGCGUUAUUAUACGGAAAUACGAUUGUGAUUAAAAAGAAAUUCUCUGCUAGUGCUUAUUUCAACGAUUGCAUUAAGUAUAAGUGCACGAUUGCACAGUACAUAGGUGAAAUGUGUCGUUACAUUUUGGCAGUACCAGCUAAACCCGAAGACAAACAACAUAAUAUUCGAAUGAUUUUUGGUAAUGGACUUAGACCACAAAUAUGGCGUCAAUUUAUAGCACGGUUUAAUAUACCCCAGGUUAUUGAAUUUUAUGGUGCGACCGAGGGUAACGCUAAUAUCGUAAACAUCGAUAAUACUGUUGGAGCUAUAGGAUUCAUGUCACGAAUCUUACCAUCGAUAUAUCCAAUAUCUAUUAUUAAAGUUAAUGCCGAAGGAGAACCAAUAAGAAAUGCUAAAGGACUCUGUCAAGUUUGCGAACCUAACGAGCCUGGCGUUUUUAUUGGAAAAAUAAUACCAAACAACCCGACUAGAGCAUUUCUGGGAUACGUGGAUAAGAAAGCAUCUGAUAGCAAAAUUAUACGCGACGUUUUCGUUAAAGGCGACUCUGCCUUUUUAUCUGGUGACAUUCUAGUAUCAGACGAAUUGGGCUAUCUUUAUUUCAAAGAUAGAACGGGAGACACGUUUAGAUGGAAAGGAGAAAAUGUUUCAACGUCUGAAGUCGAGGCUAUCAUUAGUAAUUUAAUAAACUAUAAUGAUUGUAUAGUUUACGGUGUUGAGGUACAUGGUGCAGAAGGAAGAGUUGGUAUGGCUGCAAUUUGUGACGAAAAUAAUACGUUAAAUUUAAAACAAUUAUCAGCCGAUAUUAAAGAUCAAUUACCAUUUUAUGCCAGGCCUCAGUUCCUUCGAAUAUUAUCCAAAGUUGAUCUCACAAGUACAUUUAAAUUAAAAAAGAAAGAUUUACAAGAUGACGGUUUCGAUCCCAAAAGAAUACAAGACAAAUUGUAUUAUUUCGAUUCAAAAUCGGGAUAUCAGGAGUUAACGAAAGAAAUAUUCGAUCAAAUUCAAGAGGGAAAGAUUAAGUUAUAAAGUUAUUUUAACGAAUGAUAUUGAACAUCUAGCUUGUCGAAUGAAAUAUUAUCUGCAAAGUGUAUAAUGCUCUUCUAUAUAUGCCACGAUGAGUGCAUUUUGACUGUACUAAAUCUUUCAAUUUACUAUUUAUCGCAUAAAUGGAGAACGUUAAACAAACCACUCUUGUUCUUCCAAAAUUUAGAAAAAGAGAAAGAAAGAAAGAAAGAGAGAGAGAGAGAGAGAGAGAGAGAGAGAGAGAAAAAGAGAGAGAAAAAGAGAGACAUUUUCGCCUAUUUAUAUUUGUAUAUAGCAAUUUAAUUUAAAUUAAAAAAUACGAUUUGUCAAAAAAAAAACCUAGGCGUAUCCAUAGCUUAUCAAAAUGUGAUCGUAGGAUCUAUUAUUUUGUUGUCCUGAUUAGCGUUACUCUAACAUUUAUUUAUAUAAGAUUUCUCACGAUGGUGUAUUUAUAUGGUGUAUAUUUACGGCAUAUUAUAAUGUGGUGAAAACUUUGACUUGUUACUUUCUGAAAUAAAACUUUUCUAUUUUAUAAGU